AUGCAGCAUGAGCCCGCCACCUUGGAUGGACUACAGAUCUACUCCGAAUCCCCUCAUGUUAGCCGCUUCUUUUGUAGAACCUGUGGUGCUCACAUCUUUGCCAGGUUGAAAUCGAGUGGCAGAUAUCUGGUCGCCGCGGGGGUCGUAGUAUUAGAUGACACUCCUCCAGUGAAGAGUAUCCAGCACUGGCAGUCCGAGGAUACUGGCGAUGGCGGAUUGAGCACAUUCCUUCCAGGUUGGCCAGCAAGGGAAAGAUGUGCUCUACAGGCCGGUUUCGAACAGUCUUCCGACGAAGUGGAUGUCAGUACCAGCAGCACAAGUCAGAAUACGCUGAAUAUUCCGCUGCAUCAAGGCGAACUACAUGCUCAAUGCCACUGCGGAGGCAUCCAAUUCUACAUCACUCGACCAGACGUAUCUUCAUCCCAGGCAUGGUCACCCUGGCCUGACUUGCUAGUACCCUAUCACUCCAAAUCGUCAGACAACCCCAACGACGUCAAAUGGUGGUUAUGCGAUGGAGAUACCAAGUAUCUCGCAGGGACCUGUGCCUGCACUUCCUGUCGACUCGGCAGUGGAUUUCCCAUCCAAGCUUGGGCCUUUGUUCCCAGAUCCAACCUCUUCAACGCUGACCGAUCGCCACUAUCCUUUGAUCGUGGAACUAUGCAGCGGUAUGAGAGCUCCCCAGAUGUAUACCGGGAGUUCUGCAAACGUUGCGGAGCCAACGUUUUCUGGCACAACACUGGGCGACCAACGAUAAUUGAUGUGAGUGUGGGGUUGUUGAGAGGGAGAGAAGCCAGAGUAGAGGGCUGGCUCGAAUGGGCAACGGGGAGAGUUAGCUUUACCGAACUGGCAGUGCAGAAGGACCUUGUUGGCCUUUUAGAGAAAGGUCUGCGAGAAUAUCAUGGGAGUCAUAGUGAGCCUAGCUAG